UUGAAUCGUCAGUGAGCUUGGUAGCUUUUUAUUUUUGAAAUCAGAAGCGUUUUGGCGCUGCCUUUUACCUUUGGAGCAUCGGGACGUCUUCAAAAUGUUGCUUGAACACCCGGGGUCAAGCUGUCAGAGCACUGGGAAUUUCUCCCGGUACAGCUCGGGCCAAGAAAUCCCAGUGUGUGCGGGCUGCAAUCAACACAUCGUGGACCGCUUUAUCCUCAAAGUGCUGGAUCGCCACUGGCACAGCAAGUGCCUGAAAUGCAGCGACUGCCAGGCGCAACUGUCGGAGAAGUGCUUCAGCAGGGGCGACAGCGUCUACUGCAAAGAGGAUUUCUUCAAGAGAUUCGGGACCAAGUGCGCAGCCUGUCAGCAGGGGAUCCCGCCCACACAGGUGGUGAGGAGAGCGCAGGACUUUGUCUACCACCUGCACUGCUUCGCCUGCAUCGUGUGCAAGAGGCAGCUGGCCACAGGUGACGAGUACUACCUGAUGGAGGACAGCAGGCUGGUGUGUAAGGCCGACUACGAGACCGCCAAACAGAGAGAAGCAGACUCGACUGCGAAAAGGCCACGAACAACCAUCACUGCUAAACAGCUGGAAACACUGAAGAACGCCUACAAUAACUCUCCUAAACCUGCCCGCCACGUCCGGGAGCAGCUAUCAUCAGAGACGGGCCUGGAUAUGCGGGUUGUGCAGGUCUGGUUUCAGAACAGACGAGCUAAAGAGAAAAGGUUGAAGAAAGACGCCGGUCGGCAGAGAUGGGGCCAGUACUUUCGCAACAUGAAGAGGUCGCGGGGAAGCUCCAAAUCUGACAAGGACAGCAUCCAGGAGGAGGGCAUGGACAGUGACGCUGAGGUGUCCUUUACAGACGAACCACCCAUGUCAGAGCUCGGCCUCACCAACGGCAUCUACAGCAGCCUAAGCGAGUCUUCUCCAGCCAUGGGGGGCCGCCAAGGGGCCAACAACCACAGCUCCUUCCCCCUGGAGCACGGCGUCCUCCCCUCUCAAGACCAGUUCCACGAUAUCCGCUCCAACAGCCCCUACGGCCUUCCUCAGUCGCCAGGGUCGCUUCAGGCACUACCCAGACACCAGCCUCUCAUCUCCAGCUUGGUCUACCCUGACUCUGGCCUUUCUAUCAUGACCCAGGGCAGCGGGCCUGGGAUCAACCCCACCGUGAGGGUCUCCAUGGGGGCUGCCAACGGCCCCAGCUCGGACCUCUCGACCGGCAGCAGUGGAGGAUACCCAGACUUUCCCGCCAGUCCUGCCUCCUGGUUAGAUGAAGUGGACCAUGGGCAGUUUUGAUCAGUCAGUGACAAGAAAGUUGACUCUUCUUUUUUAGUUUUCUGUGUCUUCAGUUGGAUUUUAGGAAUUGGAAAGUAGUCACACAGGACAGUGAUUGUGUAAAGGACUAGACUGUUGUCAUUGGAUCUCACCAAUAUCUGAUUGACAGGUCUGUUCAAUAUCUGGGAUCUGGAUGGAAGGAAGGAGAGAAAAUGUCCUUCAAUAAAAGCACUUGGCCUGACAAUUGUUCCUCAUUAGUAAAAGUUAUGUAAAGCAAGAAAUCUGUCAAACAAAUUCAGCUUUCAUUUGGAUUUUCACCAACUUCCCAUCUCUGUGUUUUUUUACGAUGUGUUCAGGUGCAGGAUUCAGUUGAACAUUCAGAGUCUUUAAAUGUCUGGUUGUUGCCAAAUGUCUAUAUAUAUAUAAAUAUAAUGGUUUAUCAUUGUGGAGACUUUAUUUUUAUACAAACCCCUUCCUGGACACGAAUAAGAACCCAGAUAUGAGGACUUUGUACAUUCUUUAACAGGGAUAUAGGCAAAAAUGUAGAUGUUGUCUUAAUGGUACCUAGAGGUCCAAUUACUUCUAUGCAUUUGUGUGUUCUCAGAUGUAUCUCGUUCGUUUUGUUCUACCGAAAACAACCCAGAGGAAGAACUUGCUGUAGCACCUGGGGUUUGAUGUAUAUGUUUGUUUAUGUGGAAAAUGUUUUAUGUCUU